AUUUAUAAUUUUGGAUUGGAUUUUGAUGAAGCGGCGUACCCUGCCACCUAACACAAAGCAGUUGUAGUUUGGAAGCAUAAACUUGCUUAAUUGCUGUUGUUCUCUCUGAAUUUUGAGAAUCCAACUAAUUUCGAAUCAGAGGAAGGACGAAGACUGCAUAGAAGAAAAUCCACACUCUCUGCACCCGUUAAUGCAUCAGCUCAUGCACAAUUCUCACUAGGGUUUAUUCAUCCAUGGCGCUAAUAGUUCUCUCUCUCUUCCUCCUCCUCUUCACCUUCCAUCUUCCCUUCCGCUCCUCUGGACAAUCGAGCUCCAUGGAAUCAGUUCCCGAUCUUCAGCACACUAUGUAUGCUUCCAUAGAAGGAUAUCCUUGCGUGCGCCUGUUGAAUCUAUCUGGAAACAUCGGUUGUUCUAAUCCUGGACGAGAUAAGGUUGUGGCUCCUAUUGUACGGUUCGGAAAUGUUGACAAAAUAGCUGAGCCGUCUGCUGUACUGGUGUCAGUGGAGGACUUUCCAACUCUCUUUACUAGAAUAUCAGAUGACUCUAGAUUUGCUAGUAAAGUCAGUGGUGUACUUGUGGAACCAAGUACUGAUUUGCAGAAUAAGAUAAACGGAUUUUCUCCGGAUCAAAAGUUUCCACAAGGUCAAUUUGCGCCUUACCAUAAUACCGGCUAUGAAUGGAAUCCAAUUGGUUCUGGUGUUAUGUGGAAAUCCUACAAUUUUCCUGUGUUUUUACUCACAGAAAGUGGGUCAAAGACUCUUCAAGAGUUUGUAACAAAGAAUGAGGACAAAAAGAAGGCUUAUACUUCUAAUGUGGCUGAGUUUGAUCUGGUGAUGCAGACAGUGAAAUCUGGGACACUUGAUUCAGAGUCUUGUUUAAAAGAAGAAACUUGUCUUCCUUUAGGUGGAUACAGUGUCUGGUCAUCUCUUCCUCCGAUCAACACUUCCUCCUCACAGCAGUCUAAGCCCAUUUUAAUGACAGUGGCAUCCAUGGAUUCUGCUUCAUUUUUUCGGGACAAAACCCUUGGGGCAGACUCCCCUAUUUCUGGUUUAAUUGCAUUACUAGCGGCUGUUGAUGCACUCUCUCAUUUGGAUGGUCUUGGUGACCUUAGUAAACAGCUUGUUUUUGCAGUUUUCACUGGAGAGGCAUGGGGUUAUCUUGGAAGUAGGAGAUUUUUGGUAGAACUUGACCUGCACUCAGAUGCUGUUCAUGGCCUUAAUCAUGGAUUAAUUGAAAAGGUCAUUGAAAUUGGUUCUGUUGGAAAGGGUCUCAGUGGAGGUGUUAACAACUUUUUUGCUCAUACAGAAGGGGAUUCUUCUGCCACAAAUCAGACAAUGGGUGCCUUGAAACGUGCACAGGAGUCACUGUUAUAUGAAAACAUAAAGAUAGCAUCUGCAAGUUCUUCAAAUCCUGGGAUACCUCCAUCAUCUUUAAUGUCCUUUUUGGAAAAGAAUCCUGCAAUCUCUGGUGUCGUUCUUGAAGAUUUUGACUCUGUCUUUGUCAACAAGUUCUACCAUAGUCACCUAGAUGAUUUAUCAAAUGUGAAUUCAUCAGCUGUUGUUGCUGCUGCUUCUCUUGUUGCCCGUACACUUUACAUACUCGCUAGUAAAAAUGAAGAUGUUCAUGAUUCAACUUUGUCUGCUAUAAAUGUUAAUGUCUCACUUGUUGAACAACUUAUGGGUUGCUUGUUGGACUGUAAUCCUGGUCUUUCUUGUGAACUGGUGAAGAAAUAUAUUUCUCCCAUGUCAACCUGUCCAAGCCAUUAUGUUGGCGUUAUCUUGGAUGAACCUUCAUCUACACCAUAUACAGGAUACAUCAAUGAUGUUCCCAGGUUCAUUUGGAAUUUUCUGGCUGAUAGGACUUCUAUCCCUAGGGAGACUAACAGCUCAGGUUGUCAACACGGUUGCAAUGAUAGAGAUGAAGUGUGCAUCAAAGCAGAGACCGAUGGAAAGGGAGUUUGUGUUCUCUCUACAACAAGGUAUGUUCCAGCAUACUCAACACGGCUAAAAUUUGAAUCAGGAGUGUGGAAUGUUUUGCCUCCUAAUUCCUCUGAAAAAAUGGGUGUUGUGGAUCCUGUCUGGACUGAGAGCAACUGGAAUUCAAUAGGUAUGCGAGUCUACACAGUCCAAAAUACUGCUUAUGACCGGCUUGUUCUGUUUGGGGGCAUCACUUUGACAAUCAUCUCAUACCUUGCAAUAGCAACUGCUAGAACCUUGUUUUCCAAAGCAAUGAAGAGGGACUGACAUUUUACCUCCGGGGUCUGACUAGUACAUUUUGUGAAACUAGGGUAAAGGUAUUAUAUAGGGAAUUGGGGGGACGGGUCCUUUGAUGGACAAAUGAUCCGUUUUUGAAGAAUUUUCAAGGAUGUGCAUUAUUUGUGGCCGCAUUCUUGUGCUCAUGAAUUCUAUUUCAGAAAUUUCUCUAUAACACGAUUAUUUUUGUCAACUGUAGGUAAGUAAGGAAAUAUAAUGAAAAUAGUCAAAAUUAA